AGCUGAAGCUGGUGCUCCCCUCCCACCUUGGCUGAGUGAAGCUGUUGGACACCGGUUGCCAUGAGUCGCCGCCUUCGGAAGUACACCCAGCGCCUCACCCAGCUGGGCAUCGCGAGGAAUUGGCCCUCAGCCUUGCAGAUACUGGCUGAGAUGAGGGCCCACCAGCUGCAACCAAACGUCAUCACUUACAACGCUGGCAUCCAUGCAUGCGGCUGCAGUUGCAGGUGGCAGCAUGUGCUGGGGCUUUUGCAUGAGAUGCGGGAGGUCAUGCUGGCACCAGACAACAUCUCCUACAAUUCCAGCCUAACCGCCUUUGAGCGAGCUUCCCAAAAGGUGAAGGCUGCACAGCUCAUGGCAACGAUGCAGGCGGAGCGUGUGCAGGCAGACCUGGUGACUUUGAACGCAAAGAUCAGCUCCUACGCCCAAGGCUCUGAUUGGGAACGCGCGCUUCUCACAAAGUCCGCCAUGCGGGAACGGGCGGACGUCGUCACCUACGGCGCUAGCAUCAGUGCCUGUGAGAAGGGUUCCCAGUGGCUGUCAGCUCUGCAUUUGUUGGAGGAGAUGUGCAGGGUGAGGCUGCAGCACAACGCCAUCGCGCUGAGUGCUGCAAUCAGCGCCUGUGCCAAGAGCUCGAGGUGGCAGCAUGCGUUGAGGCUGUUCCACACGGAGGCGAAGAAGCUGGCAGAUGUGGUUGCCUACAGCGCGGCAAUCAGCGCUUGCAAAAAGGGUGCGGCCUGGCAAUUUGCGCUGGAGCUUCUUCGGGGCAUGAAACAUCGUGGGCCGCUGCCGAAUCUAGUCACGUUUUGCACCACCAUGAGCGCGUGUGAGCGCGCCUCGCACUGGCUCGUGGCAAUUCAGCUUUUCGAUGAGCUGCGAGGACGCUUCUUCCAGCCCAACCUCAUUGCAUACAGUGCAAGCAUCAGUGCCUGCGCAAAGGGAUCCCUUUGGCAGCAAGCACUUCACCACCUUUCGGAACUUACAAGCCAAAACCUGCAAGCUGAUGCGGUGCUUUGCAGCAGUUGCGUCAGUGCAUGUGAGAAGGGGUCUCAAGGGCAGCUGGCGAUCCAGUUGCGACAAAAGGGAUGCCUUGUGACUCCAGGGUUUCGGUGGUCUCAUGUGCUUUGA